AGAAGGGCGUCCGGCGGAAGCCGGGAGGCGCUGCCGACCGCGCCUGCGACAGCGUCAGCCCUUCGCGGAACGCCGGCCCGAUGGCGGCGGCGGCGGCGGCUAUGGCCGAGCAGGAGAGCGCUCGGAAUGGCGCCCGCAACCGGGGCGGAGUCCAGCGGGUGGAGGGCAAGCUGCGCGCCAGCGUCGAGAAGGGCGACUACUACGAGGCGCACCAGAUGUACCGGACCCUGUUCUUCAGGUACAUGUCCCAGAGCAAGCAUGCGGAGGCACGGGAGCUCAUGUACUCAGGAGCCCUGCUGUUCUUCAGCCACGGCCAGCAAAACAGCGCUGCAGACUUGUCCAUGCUGGUCCUGGAGUCCCUGGAGAAGGCAGAAGUGGAGGUGGCCGACGAGCUGCUGGAAAAUCUGGCUAAAGUGUUCAGCCUGAUGGACCCCAACUCUCCUGAGCGUGUGGCCUUUGUGUCCAGAGCCCUGAAGUGGUCCAGCGGGGGCUCCGGGAAGCUGGGCCACCCCCGGCUACACCAGCUGCUGGCCCUCACCUUGUGGAAAGAACAAAACUAUUGUGAGUCGCGGUAUCAUUUUCUGCACUCAGCGGAUGGGGAGGGCUGUGCCAACAUGCUGGUGGAGUACUCCACAUCCCGGGGCUUCCGCAGCGAGGUGGACAUGUUUGUGGCCCAGGCUGUGCUACAGUUUCUCUGUUUAAAAAACAAAAGUAGCGCAUCGGUGGUCUUCACUACGUACACCCAGAAGCACCCGUCCAUCGAGGAUGGACCUCCAUUCGUGGAGCCGCUGCUCAACUUCAUUUGGUUCCUGCUGCUGGCUGUGGAUGGCGGAAAGCUGACGGUGUUCACCGUGCUAUGUGAGCAGUACCAGCCAUCCCUCCGGCGGGACCCGAUGUACAACGAGUACCUCGACCGCAUAGGACAGCUGUUCUUCGGUGUCCCGCCCAAGCAGACAUCUUCCUACGGAGGCCUGCUCGGGAACCUUCUGAGCAGCCUUAUGGGCUCCUCGGAGCAGGAGGAGGGGGAGGAGAGCCCCAGCGACGGCAGCCCCAUCGAGCUGGACUGAAUUGGCCGGGCCACGUGGAGACACCAUGGUCAACAGCGGCUCGAGGGACAUUUUGGAGGCGAGUCCUGGGUGGCUCCUGGCCCCGGGGGCUCCUAGCCUUGAGGCUGGCAGUGGCCGCGUGCCGGCACGUGUCUGUUUGUGGCACGUCUGUUUGUGCGGCGGCUCCGGGUGGCGUGCCUGCCAGUUGCUAUGCUGCUGGGACCCAAGAGUGGGGCCUUGCCCCUGCUGGCCACUGCGUCCCCCGAGAUGACCCACAAUAAAGCACAGGCCUUAUGCGGCGUCCCCUCUCCCACUCCUUUGUUCUGGGUCCUUUCGGGAGGGCUGAGGGGCAGCACAGGAGGCCCGUCCUCAGGGACCUGGCACAUCACGCUCCUUGCUUGGCGUCCAGAGCAGCUGUGGCCGCCAAAGCAGGUGCUGGCCCUCACACGUGAGAACCCAGCUGGGCCCUGUGUGGUCUGCAGAUGCGUGCAGCUGUUUCUGAACACAGGUCACUCUGCAGUCUCGGCGAACUGGUCCCCAUCGCAGACGGAGCGCAUGUGCCCUGCGCCACAUCCUCACACUCAGUGGAGGGACACGUGCGGUGGGAUGGCCCACGUGGCAUCCCGGAGCUGCGCCCUGCUGGUCUCUGUGAGAGCCAUGCUGCUGUGCUGGAAAUGCCGCUUUAAAAAGGGAUACCAUGGGACUCUGCCCAUCUUUUUCAUAAUGCAAUAUUUAUUUGUAUUGGGUGAUUGAUUCCUUUGACCUAACGUUUUAGGUUUUAACCAAAUAACCAGUCCAGGAGUGAGCAGCCCUGUUCUCUAUCAUGGAUGCUUUUCCAGAUGUUGCCAGAACAAUGACAAAAGGGGAGACGCUCUAUUUUUUCACGAUUCAAUGACAGUUGUAGAUUGAUAUGCAGUUGUGCAUGGGAAGGGGAAACGCACAGCUUUAUUUACUGUAAAGUGGAAUUUAAGGAAGGCUUGUGUGAACCGUUACGCAUAAAUAAACCCUUUUUACCGGGC